UUAUAUAAAAAAGACAAGAUGGGAAGCAACUGAUGUUGCCCAGAUGGGAAUAAGGAGUCUAAAGGCUUCAGACAUUGUUUUGGAGGAUUUGAUCAAACACUUCCAAUUCAAAAAUUAUCACAAGACAAUAAAAAAUUGAUCCUAAACGCAGAAGAAGAGAUCUUGAUCGCAGAGACACUUUCCAGAUUGAACUUGGAAGAGUCUUCUAAAAGACUUAGUAUAGACUCUGUGACUAUAAACGACCUCUUUUCCGUCUCUUCUUCCAACGAAUCCGGAAGUUCCAGACUGAUUCUUCUAAAAUCAAAUUUGAGCGGUAAUGAAGAAAAAUUGCAGGGGUCAAAGCCAGAGGUCGUGAAAACUGUGAAAUCAGAGAGGCAUAGCCUCUCUGAUUCUGUAAAUUCACAGUUUUAAAGCUAUCGCUGUAGCUGAAAAUUAUAUCUAGUCCCUUCAUUAAAGAUUUGGUCAUAUUCCUAUU